ACCUCGAAGUAUGCCGAUGUAUCCAAGGCAGCAAAUAUUUUGUGGAGAAGAAUCCGGGAGCUUUGCCAUGCCAUGGAGACAUACGGUUCACGACACGGUGACGUCCCUCGGGAGCCGACUUCAUCCGCACACCCCAAAGCCGGCUCCAAAUCGGCAAAUUCCUCUGCGACGUCCCAGCAAGCCCCUCCCUCAAUGAUUGAAGCUCGAGAAGAGACUUUCACGGAUGUAGGAGAUGCCUCUUACGAGACCGAACUAGGCUCGUUUGGCGUGAGCUUAGGCUUGGAGUUCUCGAUAAAUGGUGACAACAGCCCCCUGCAAGAUGUUCAGGCAUGGGGACCACCGGGGUGGCCUUCUAAUUCCCACAGUUAUCUGUUUCAGUGA